UUAUUUUAGUUUUGUUGUUUGAAUAAUGUUUGAUCACUGAUAUAAACCUGGCAUGAAAAGAUAGGCUCAUUAGAAAUGAGCUGCAUGUUUUUUUUAAUUAUUUAGAUUUAGGAGUUACUCUGAGGAGAGACGAGGGAGCUGGACCUGAUCUGUAGUUCUCAUCCCACUGACUUCUGCUUUAUUUUCCGGCCUGUACAUGAUUCUUUUAUCGCUCAUUUACCCUAUGCCCCACCAGCAGCGCCCUCUCUUUUUGUCUUGCCCCAGGCGGUUAUGUCAGCACUGGACAGCUCCCGUCGUUCCCACGCUCCGCCCACCGUCAUGCAGACUGGCAGGGUGAAACAAGCCUUCACUUUCACUUGCCUUCGCUGGGAGGGACACACACCACUUGAAUGAUUUCCUCUGAGCGGGAGUGCGGGGAGGCUGAUCUCAGCUUUGGAAUGGACACAGGGUCUGAGGUUUUUGAUCCGAUUUUGAAAUUUGUUUCAAGCCCAAGGCUGAAAGUGUUUGUUCUCCCUGGUGUGGAAGGAAGAUGCUGAAAUGGAGAGGAUUCUUGUCCGUAACCGUAACAACACUCUGCUGCAUGUGUGUUUUUAAGUGUUUUCCGUCAGCAGCAGCGGACAGGGAGCGGAUGUGGGAAUGAGCUUCAUAGUUUUCUGGAGGUCCACGGUGUUCCCCGUGCGCUUGCUGUGAACAGGAACCAUGACUCUGGUUGUCGUCCUGCUACUCCUGCACGCAGGACUCGUUUUGGGAUCCAACUACGGCUACGUGGAGUGGUCGGAUAAUGACCGAGACGAGAAGCACCCGACGGUCUUCAGCACCCAGAACGUGAUCGGGGAGGCGCCCAACCAGCCGACCCUGCACCCUGUACCUGCCACCGAGCGCGCGGUGGUGGCGCACAAGAUAGAGGAGGAUUUGCCGAGAGUGGUGACGGCAUUCCUGCACACGGGGAACUCCUCCGCGCUCAAGCAGGUCAACUGUUCCCGGAGGUACGAGCUGAGCAGCCUGCGGGGCGGCCUCCACGUUGCCUCCCACUACUCGCUGCACAGCAUCCUGGACACGCUGGCGCACGCCACCAACUUCCUCAACAUGAUCCAGCAGGACAACAGGUCCCGCGAGCUGCGCAAAGACAGCCACUGGUACCAUGCGUUGGUUCAGAGCAUCUUAGAGGGGGACCCCAAAAUCCACAGGGCGGUGGUGACCCUGCACGCGGAAGCUCCGACACGCGGGCCCCACGUUUUCCUCCAGGCGACGAGGACCGAUAAUGAGGUGGUGCUGCAGGACCUCUCCGGCUCUGCGCAGCGUCAGCUGAAGAGCCGGAGCUCGGAGUCCAGCUGGUUUCACGACUUCAGUGAUGGAAGGAGACCACACGUCCACAGGAGGGUCCCAGAGGGCCCCAGAAGUGUCAAUCACCUUCUGAAAAAGAGUCAGAUCAAAUGGUCGGCUCCUUACCUGGAGUGUGAACACGGCACGUUUGUGCCUCACUGGCUGCUCACGCUGUCUGCUGGUUUUUAUGGACUAAAGAACGACUCCGCUCCAGAGUUCAGGGGUGUUGUCCGAGUAGAUGUGAACCUGCAGGACGUGGACAUCGACCAGUGCUCCAACAAUGGCUGGUUUGCUGGGACUCAUCGCUGUAACCUCACCAGUAUGGAGUGUACUCCCAUCGGCGGCCAUGGGUUUGUUCUGGAUAAAUACAAGUGUCAGUGCAGGAGAGGGUUCUACCAUCCAAGCCAAGCGGUGCUCAACGGAUUUAAAAGUGGGAAACAGAGCUCUAGCAGAGAUGAGAUGUCUGAAGUGUCCAGCAAAUGCCUACCGUGUCGGGACAGCUGCCCCUACUGCCAGGACGACACCCCCUGUCUGGUGCACGAGGACGGGGCUCUGAGGCUCGCCGUCACCUCCUUCCAGGCUCUGUGCAUGGUGCUGGACAUGGCGAGCAUGUUCGUGGUUUACCACUUCAGGAGGAACAAGAGCAUCCGUACGUCAGGCCUCAUCCUGUUGGAAGCCAUCUUGUUUGGGGUGUUGCUGCUCUACCUCCCAGUGAUGAUCCUGUACUUUAAUCCCAGCGUGUUCAGCUGUAUCCUCCUGAGGUGGGUCCGUCUCCUAGGGUUCGCCAUCCUGUAUGGCACGGUCAUCCUCAAGUUGUACAGGGUGUUAAUGGUGUUCCUGUCCCGCACGGCCCAGAGGACGCCCUACAUGACCAGCUGGAGGGUCCUGCAUCUGCUGGUGGUGAUUCUCCUGGUGGUGUUCUGGUUCCUGGUGGCUUGGACCUCCGCUGUGUGUGAGAAACCGGAGCUGAGCCGAGCUCUCAUCACAGUGGGCCUCACUUCAGAGGGACUACAGUUCAGUAUGUGUCUGCUGGACCGAUGGGACUACAUGAUGGCUGUGGCCGAGUUCCUCUUUCUGCAGUGGGGAAUUUACUUGUGUUAUGCUGUUCGCACCGUUCCCUCGGCGUUCCACGAGCCUCGUUACAUCGCUGUGGCCAUCUACAACGAGCUCCUCGUAUCAGCCAUCUUCCACAUCAUCAGGUUCUCUCUGGUGUCCAGACUGCACCCUGACUGGAUGCUGUUGCUGUUCUUUGCUCACACUCACCUGACAGUGACUGUAACUCUGGGUCUGUUGCUUGUUCCUAAGUUCCUGUCUAAAGGCACUCAGGCUAGAGACGAUAUCGCCACCGAGGCGUACGAGGAGGAGCUGGACAUGGGGAGAUCUGGGUCUUACUUCAACAACAGCAUCACAUCAGCCUGGAGCGAGCACAGCCUGGACCCAGAUGAUAUACGGGAUGAGCUGAAGAAACUCUACGCCCAGCUGGAGGUCCACAAGAGGAAGAAGAUGCUCGCCAACAACCCCCACCUCCAAAAGAAGCGCAACUCAAAGAAGGGCCUUGGCCGCACCCUGAUGAAACGCAUUACAGAGAUCCCAGAGACCAUGCACAUCCACCGCCAGUGCAGCCGGGAUGAUGGCAGCGAGCACGGCAGCAACCGCAGCACGCUCAGGAGGAACCUGCUUGAGCAGAGCCAUCCAGGAAAACCUCGAGAUGACUCCCUGAAGGACACUGGCUUGACUAAGUCUCUUAGCUAUGAUCACAUUUGUGAACAGGAAGUAGAAACUGGAAGCCAGACCGGCUCGAUUCCUGGAGACAAGAUGACACCUGUUGGAAACAGUGGCGAGGGAUCUCUUCUGGGUUCCCUCAUUGGUCGCAGACACACCAAGAAGCAGCUGGAACCAGCUGGAGCUCCACCAAGGCUGGAACCGGCGAACUCCACUGAGUCUGUUCCACUCUUCUGGAAAUCAGCCAGUGCUCACAACCUCACCCACGAGAAGAAACCUGUACAUCUGCGGACCUCCAUCAUGCAGAAGUCCCUGAGCGUCAUUGCAAGUGCCAAGGAGAAGAUGCCAGGGCUCGCUAACAAGACUCAGAGCGUGGAGGAUGCCAGCAAGAAAGGUCAGAAAGGUCAGGAGGAGAGCGUGCUGUCGGAGGUGGACGAGACGCCCGAACAUUUCCCAAAAAUGAUCAUCAGCCAAUCGGUGGAGUACUCCAAGAGCCCCAUGAAGAUGGGCAUAAUGAAACAGCAGGUACUUAAUUACAAUGUUAGUGGCAGCCAGCCUUCCAUCUGCUCUGAAACUGGGAGGAACCUCUAUGAUGUGUCAGAGGUUUGUCCCUGGGAGAUGGAAGAAGCACAAACUCCCUCUGAUGCAAAGAGCCAGAAGCACGUGUCCAUUGCUCCCGUAGAAACGGGUCGGAGAGGCAGCAGCAGCUCAGGAACAUCCAAAUCCAGUCGUUCCCGGCAGAGGCAGAAACCUGGACAGUCCCCAUCCAGCAAACGUCGCUCAAAGGAAAAAGGAGGAGAAGGUUUGGAAGGGAGGGAGACACGGAAAUCCCGGUCGCCCAAGUCGCCUCUUCCUAUUAAGGCGGAUGUGUCACCCUGGGAGUUUGAUGAGCAGCCGAUGCUUGGAGGAGAAUCCGAUUCCAUCUCUCCUGACAGGAUUAGGAGGAAGAAAAGUGUCACCCCUACUGAUGGGAAGCCUAAAGGGCUCCAUUCAGAUCACUCCAAGUCCACAGGAAGCUUGUUGCAGCCUCCGUCUUUCAUGGUGGAAAUCUGCCCCUGGGAUUACACCAGCCCACCUUCACCCAAGCAGGAGAAGACCUGCAGCAGUCCCAUCACACAUAAAAGGAAACGGAAAGGCUCCUCCUCUUCCAGUCACAAAUCAGAAAAGGAGAAAAUUAGCGAGAAAGGCAGGGAGAGGCGGAGCUCGUCCAGCAAGCCAUCAUCAGAGAGGAGACGGGUCAGCCAGUCAUCGGAGGGCGGUGGGCCUGCUUCGGGGUGCCGGAGGAGCUCCACGAGGGACAACGAGCUGAUCUCCCGGGAUGUCGAAGCUCACACACACGGCAGCUUGAGCCAGACUAAAAAAUCACCAGAAAAGAAGGAGCGGUCUCUGCGUCACAAACCUGCUGUCCUCAGCAGUGCUAAAGUCUCAGAUGUUUGCCCGUGGGACAUUCCAGAGCAGGAUUCAGGGGAGAGGGCGUGAGUUUGAUCUUUACUCCCAGGCUGAGAGCACAAAGAACGGGCAAACGGGGAUUUUAGUGAGAUCUUUUUGUAAGCAAAGGACCGUUCAUGUUGUUCCAACGUUACAGCAGACUGUACUGUUAAGGGUUGGGAAUUCAAUCUUAGGGUUCACGUUUUUAUCGACACCAUUUGUCAGAGUUUGUAUGUUUUGUCACAUUUAAUACUCGGGAGAUUUGUACGAGAUUCACUCCUGCAUUUAGCACCAUGACAAUCAUGAGUUCGUAACCUCAGCCAUGAACCACAUUUACGUAUUUUAGCUUUCAGAAGCAAACAGCUGCUUUUUGUUUUUAGGUUAAAUGCAUAAUUCAUGGUGUGAAAAUGAUGUUUGAUCAAAUCAUUUUGAGAAUAACAGAAGAUUUAGCUGAGGAAAUCUGUAUGGUUGGUAAAAGUUCGUUGUGCUUUUCUAAACGCUGUCGCAUGAAACACUACAGUGAUGUGGAAAUGUGUUUGACUCCUUUUGUACACUUAAAUGUUUCUGUUCAACAAACAAACGUCAUAAUUAGACAAAGAUAACCUGAGUAAGCACAAACACGGUUUUCCUGGGAUGCUUUCAUUUGUUCCCAGAACAAACCCACUCAGACCAACCUGGUUAUGUGAUCCCUGGUUAAAGCAUGAAUCGUGAUCAUUAAACUGAUUUCAGUUCCACCAACUCCACCCAAACCCAAUUUCUCCCAGACCUGUACAAAGAAGAAAUCAUCCAUCCAUUUUCUGAACCCACUUUGUCCACGUAGGGUCGCGGGGUGGGGGGGUGGGGGGGGCUGAUGCCUAUCUGCAGCAGUCACCGGGCAACUAGGCGGGGUACACCCUGGACAGAGAGCCAGUCCAUCUCAGGGCAACAUAGAGACACACAGGACAAACAAUCAUGCGCGCACACACACACACACACACACACACACACACACACACACACACACACACACACACACACACACACACACACACACACACACACACACACACACACACACACACACACACACACACACACACACACACACACACACACACACACACACACACCUAAGGACAAUUUAGACAGACCAAUCAACCUGACAGUCAUGUUUUUGGACUGUGGGAGGAAGCCGGAGUCCCCGGAGAGAACACACAGUACGGUAUCAAGCAUCAAACAACAAUUAAUUUUUUUUUGUCAACUUUUGAUGUUGCUGGUAUUUGUCAACAUAUAAAGCACAAAAUGUACACAAAUGGCUGAAACUGCCUAAAAGUUUUUUCCCUGUUCACUUCAUAUUCUUGGGCUGGACUCCCCAUAUAUAUAUAUAUAUAUAUAUAUAUAUAUAUAUAUAUAUAUAUAUAAGAAACUGAAUAUGAGUAAGUAAUCGUCUUUGAUUGAUCUGAAAGCAACGAGAGUCAUCGUUCUUGUCCUGUGAUCAGCCGCCCACCACCUACGGCUGUCAAAAGCAGCACUCGGCUCAGGUUCAUCCCGCUUCUGUGUGCAUGGCCGAAUGUAAAAACUCACUCAAAAACAUUUUUUGAAGUACUUAUGAUCUUUUCAAACACAUUUUUUUCAAUUACACAUGCAUUUUAUCCUGUAUUCCUGUAAGGCUUCAUAAAUAAACAUGACCCACCAUAAGAUGAGAUGUUUCAUGUUCGUCAUUAAAAUGAUCAUAGCAUCCACAUGCUGUUUAUACUGUGUUGCAUGUACAUAAAGUAAAUGAUGUUUAGGAAUUAAAUGUUUCUAUAAAACAGC